AUGGGCAAAAAAUUUAAUCAUUCAGAAAUAUUUCCUAAUAACCCAAUGCUCAUGUGUAUAUGCGGUAGUUCCGGUUCUGGGAAAACUCAUCUCACUUUUAACAUGUUGACAACACCAAACCUUUUAGAUUUCGAUUCUCUGUAUAUCUACACAACAACACCAGAGCAAUCGUAUUAUCAAUUCCUCAAAGCUUUGGAAUAUUUACCAAAGAAAGAUGUUCAAGACAUAUUUCAAUAUUACGAAGAAAACGAAGAAGAGGUGGAAAUAAAAGAUAUCAUAGAAAACUUCAUUAAAUCAAAGAAUCCAUCUUUAAAUCCAACGGAUAUAAAAGUUUUUCUUACGAAAAAUGUUAAUGAUCUAGACUUGUCUAAUAUUGAUAGCAAUCGAAAGAACUUAAUAUUGUUUGACGACUGCGUAGCGCAAAGAAAUCAAACUGUUCAACAAGAAUUCUUCACCAAAGGAAGACAUCACAACUGUCACUGCAUAUACCAAUCCCAAUCUUUUUACGAGAUGGAUUCUAUGUUCAUUAGAAAAAAUGCAAAUUGUUUUUUAUUAUUUGAAUUAAACGAUAAAGAUUUAUCUCAAAUCAUUCAGUCUAUAAAUCACGGAAUGGAUAGAGAUACAUUUAAAAAGGUUUGUAAAGCUCAAUGGAGAAACCCAGAUGAUCAUGGAUAUGUAUUUGUAAAUACUAGAAAACCUGCGGGAGAAAGAGUUAUGAUCGAUAUAUGUUAA